AUGCCCUAUUCGGGAGGUUAUAUCACAGAUUCGGAGGAUGAAUUACCGGUAAUACCUCUCCUCGGAGCGAAAAUUGCUGUUGUGCCCACUCCGAGGGUAUCACAAGUCCUUUUCGGGCCCUCUACAACAGCAUAUGAAAGCUCCAAGCGUUCACUACGCCCGCGAAAAGCGUUUCAAUUACGCCCAUACGCCUACGACAGGGCACUUUAUGGAGAUUAUUUCAAGAAUAUACGCGCAUCAAGCCUUGACGACGUUCAAGAUGCAGAUUUUGAUUUUAGCGAUUCAGAGGACACUAGCAUACCCAGACCACCUCAUAAUGAUCAAGCUCAUAAUGAUCAAGGGCAAAAAACCCCUGAGGGAAACCACCAAUUGGCACGUCGUCGAGUUAUUGACAGUGACAGUGAAGAGAUCACGAGCUCAAGCGAGAUUUCCGAGUCGGAUCGCGAAGAUUCGCACGACCACAAAUUCAAAUUUUACAAGCGUCUCUUCAACGAUGUAGUUCCUGCAUCCAAGCCCAAGCAAGAAACUGAGAGUGCACUAAUAAGUAUGGAACUUGAUGAAGAUUCUCAGUCGCAAUCGCAAUCUCAACCACGCUAUAGAGACGACAGUAGUCAAUUCUCGAGCAGUCUUGAUAUUCCAGAAGACAGAAGAAUAGACUACAUGCUUUCUCAUGCCAGUGGCUCGAUCAAAAGAGUAAAGCGUAAAAAGAUGGUUUCGUUGGUCUCAAUUGUUCGUCAUAUGGGCGACUCGGCGCCUGACUAUAUGAGAGUUGCGGCAAGAACCUGCAACUCUAAUGGUUCGCGAAAAGAUGGUCCUAAUGGGAAGUUUUUCGCUCUGCACGAUGGCGGAGAAGAAAAGAAGACUUUAGCUCGCUGGAAACGUGGGUUCAGGGGAACCCCCAAAUUCAGAAUUCCCAAACAGUUGCAAACGGCUCUCUUUAUAAGUGAAAAGAGCUUCCCAAAAAAGGGUUCGAGUGCACAUGUUGACAAAAUGUCAUCAAAUAAACGUUCCAAUCCAGUGCGAACUCUGCCAACUGUGGCUGUGGCAGGGGCUCCCAGAUCGAAAGUGUCCACGCUUUCAAUGGAUCACAAAAAGGCAUCUCCCGGACCGAAAUCUCGCAUCAAAGAGAACAGGAAUAAAAAAAAAUACAAUGGAUUCAAUGCUAUUUCUCAGACUAUGUUUCGUACACCUAUCAUUGAGAUUCCGGCUGGGUUUGCAGCUGGUGGUCGGAAACAUCCACCGCUUCACAGUGGAGCUGCACCUGAGGUUCGCUCACUUGGAAACAAGGCAGCUACGCUUCAUGGCACCCAAAUCAGUCGAGACUAUCAUGAAUUCGCACCAAUGUUCAAGCUGAACUUUAUGAGGGAUACGUUUGUUGGUUCCAACACUCUUGAAUUGAUUCACAACGUAGGUGUUUGGAAUGGAGAGGCAAAUUGUGCACCGUUUGGAACACAUAUUCUCUCAGCGACUGGGACUUCUUUAAGGACAGAUUUCAAAGACCUUGAGAGGAUUGUGUCAGGUGCUGUUGGCGAGAUUGACGAUGUUCUGUUCACCAAAGUUUACGCAUUUCUACUAGAAACAACAGCUGGCCUAUUUCGACAGGACUUUAUUAUUGACACGGAAAUACGAAGAUUAGUCCUAGUGGAAUCUACUCGUUGUUUUUGUUCUUCGUUGCAAACGCACAUGGAGGGAAUUACGAACGUUAUCAAGGUACAAUUCGCAAUCGCCAUGUUCACCCUUGUUGUUUCUGAGCAGAUGUCAUUGCAGGACCCCCUGUAUCUUGAACUCUUUGAACGAACCAAGAAUGAUUAUGUUGCAUUCCUAUUAGAUCGUCUGGCAGUUAUGUCUCAUCAGGCACUCGUCACUCGAAGGGAUUUGCAUCCGCAAGAUCAAGUUGGGCCUGAGCUUGUCAUUCUUGAAAGUGGUGUACUUUUCGACUUAAUGUUUAAAAAGAAAACCGUUUACUUUUCUAGGUGGUGUAAGAUGCCGGAACGUCUUUGGAGCUUCUUAUCUGCUAUUGCAGCUUUUCAGCACAUACGUGGAAUUUCUGAAUCACAUUGGGGCCUCCUUCUAACGUUUCUAACACCUGACUAUUUACAAAAACAAUCUGAUCACAAAACGUUGUUGAGGAGGAUAUUGAAGCUCAUCACAACAUGGAAGUGGCCUGUUUCAGCAGAAGUUGUCUUUGUUUUUUUUGAGUACUUUGCUAAAGAGCAGAGAUAUACAGACUCAAGAGGUGAGUCAGUUGAUUUGCCAGCUUUUCUUUGGGCUGGAAAUUUUGAUGGUACUGCUGGCCAUAAAAGUGAACACCAUUAUUUUUUGGAACUACUUGGUUUAACGCUAUCCCGCGUGGAUCGUGGGCAAAGCGCGCGAAUUGCCGGCAGAGUAACCCCGCUUACUUCACUAUCUUUCCCAGAAACACAGAGUAUUUCAGCUUCUGACUUGAGUGCUGUCUCGCUUCAGUACGGGAUCUUGCUGGUUUUAUCAAGAUUCGCUCACCCCUCUGUAAGACCCCAGCUCAUUCAAAUUUCGGAUCUUGUGAAUCUUUCACAUGCACAUGUUGCAAUCAGGAUCAAAGCUUGGAGUGCCUGGAAUAUCUUGGUGCGUAUGUAUAUUCUUCUGGGGCAAGAUUUAGGCGAGUGCGUAACAUGGGCGGAAAACAUGAUCAAAGAUGCCCACUCACAGUACAAAGAACUUCGCAAAAGUGGGCAUAACCAACCCAUUGAGCGUAUUGAAGAACUUUUUUUGGAGAUUUACACGUAUUUUGCGCACUUGGUAAAGUGGAGGCCACAAGCACGUGUGCUGAUCACUGGAUCCAUCUUAUAUCCGCUUCCGGACAUGCCUGCUGAAGUCCGAAGCAUAAUUUGGGAAAUACUCGAAAGUUUGACCGUCAAGCAGCUUGUUCCAGUUGUCAAUGGAGUUGUUCAGGCUUUCACUCCUUUGAGCGAGCAAUGGGAAAUCUCCAAUUGGGUCAGUAUUGCAGCACUUCUGUGGCCACUACCUGUAUGCAAAGAAUGGCGUGUUAAUUCUUCAGAGUUUGAAGUGUGGAGCCAGCUUAUUCUCAGAGUGGGACCGGACGUGUUCUGGAUUCAAAAGCUGAUUGAGGGGCUUUCACUUCCCUUCACCUCCCAGCCGUUUCAAUAUAUCAACGCGUUCAAGCAGAUAUAUUCUUGGUACAGCGACACUACAUCGUUAGUGACUUUUCUGUAUUCUACGAAUGCUCAAUAUUUUGCUGACCUCUGGUUGAAUAACCUGCGUAUAUUGUACAAGGACUUCUCAGAGACUGACUCGAAAGUUUAUCGUGGAUAUGUCGCCGAGGUAAGGAGAGCAAUAUUCGAAAAAUUUCCUGUACUCGAAGACAAACACCGUUGGUUCGAAGACAGCGAAGAAUAUAAUUCUAUUGAGAUCUCUCAGCGGCUUCUGCUGAAUGUUUUAAACAAGCACGACAAAUCUUCUUUUGAGUUUUUCAUUGCAUACAAAUUGCGAUCGUCUUUAGAGCAAAGCGAUCGGGGAAGCACUUUUUCGAAUGAGAUUUUAAUGUCUUUGAGCCUGGUAGACGACGAAACGGCAGAGAAAGCUUUCAACUUCCUUGUUAAUGAUAUCUUUGCUUUCUACAUUUUUUGUGCUGGUAAAACACACACUAUUGAGGGAGUGAUACCCCUUCUUCUAUCGAUUGUUUAUACAUUGGUUGGGCGCUGCGACCGAGCGUUGUUCAAACCCUACAGAUUUUUGUCUAUGAUUGACAGGUAUUUUGAACUUCAGUUAGCCCGGAUAACAUUCAAUUCUUAUCUGUCUGCUUCAGUUGCUGGAACGUACCGACUAGCUGUUCUCUGUUUACGGCAAGCUUUUGUUGAUCGGUCAAUACCCACUGUAUUGAUACUGCUCAGGCAUCGGGCUUUGAAUUUCCUCGAACGGAGUAAGGAUCACAGCAAAACCUUCCCUGUUCAAAACCUCACCAUUCCUGAGUUCAGUCAAGAUUUAGCCACGGUUAAUAUUCUUUCGGACCUCGACAUCACUUUACCGCCGGUGCUUGAACAAAGCGGUUCACAAGAGGCCGAACUGUAUCUUAAGGUUUAUGAACUUGCUCAAUCGAAAGCAAGUGAUUAUUGA